AUGGCCUCCAAUCAACUCCGGGUACUCACCUCCGAAGACCUUGCUUCACAUCGUCAAAAAGAAGAUCUAUAUGUGGUCGUGCAUAACAAAGUAUACAACAUAAGUCCCUUCGUCACUGAACAUCCAGGUGGCGAGGACGCCUUGUUGGACGUGGCAGGGACGGAUGCCACCGAAGCCUUUGAGGAUGUUGGGCACAGCGAUGAAGCUCGUGCACUUCUGAAAGGCUUCUUGGUGGGGGAGUUCAAACAGACGUCGCCGAAAGAGUCCGUCAGGACCGCGUCACAUCACACGCCCAUGCAGGGGGAUCGUUCCGUAUUAUCAAGUCGACUAUAUCUGCCGUUGCUGGUGGUGCUGGUGCUAAUUGCUGUCCUGUAUCUCCGGUGA